UGUCCACGCCAAUGAAGAGAAAGAAGCAUCACGCGCACACACAGAAAUCCAGACUCAUUGGACUCCUCAUUGCGAGUUUCCUUCGCCGUCGGCUCCUCCACCGCCUUCUCAUCUCCGCCAUCUCCGUCUGCCUUUUUCUGUUUUUCGCUAUACUCUCUCUGUUCGCUCCGUCGCCUGUAAAUACGCAGAACAAUGACCGAGUCAGAUCACGAUUAGAUUCACAUCAGGAUUCGCCUUCGGUGUUUCAGGUUCCGGCUAGUGGAGGCAGUUGCGAGCACGAUUUAUGGAGUUCCACGCACUCGCAGCUUCUCUCUGGCUGCAGCAACGCCAGUGUCAAUUUUGCAAAGGCUAAUGUCAAGACGCAUCCAGAUCGAUACUUGUUAAUUGCAACCAGUGGAGGUUUAAAUCAACAGAGAACGGGGAUAAUUGAUGCUGUCGUGGCUGCAUAUCUUUUGAAUGCUACUCUUGUCGUUCCAGAGUUGGAUCAUACAUCUUUCUGGAAAGACACCAGCAACUUUUCUGAAUUAUUUGAUGCAGACUGGUUUAUAACAUUUCUCCGGAAUGACGUAAGAAUUAUAAAACACCUUCCAAUUAUGGAAGGGAAAUUCGUGGCUCCAUAUACGAUGCGCGUUCCAAGGAAAUGCACCACCAAGUGUUAUGAGGAUCGUGUUUUACCCGUGCUGGUGAAGAAGCAUGCUGUUCGGCUCACUAAGUUUGAUUAUAGACUUGCUAAUAUGUUGGAUGAAGAUCUACAGAGGCUGAGGUGCCGCGUUAAUUACCAUGCUCUCAAAUUUACGGAUUCCAUUCAGGGAAUGGGUAACUUGUUGGUUGAGCGGAUGAGAAUGAAAAGCAAGCAUUUCAUUGCUCUGCAUUUGAGGUUUGAACCGGAUAUGCUUGCAUUCUCUGGUUGCUAUUAUGGCGGGGGAGAAAAAGAAAAAAAAGAACUUGGUAAAAUUAGGAAGCGGUGGAAAAAUUUACAUACAAGCAAUCCUGACCAAGUUCGAAGACAUGGAAGAUGCCCACUUACCCCAGAGGAAGUUGGUCUCAUGCUAAGAGCACUAGGUUUUGGAAGUGACGUUCACUUGUACGUGGCAUCUGGCGAAAUAUAUGGAGGUGAGGAAACGUUAGCACCCCUCAGGGCUCUUUUCCCGAACGUGCAUUCAAAGGAGACCAUUGCUACCAAGGAGGAGUUAGCGCCAUAUGUUUCAUUUUCUUCUCGCAUGGCUGCACUGGAUUUCGCAGUUUGUGAUGACAGUGACGUUUUUGUUACAAAUAACAAUGGUAACAUGGCCAAAAUUUUAGCUGGAAGAAGGAGGUACUUCGGUCAUAAACCCACCAUCCGCCCAAAUGCAAAGAAGUUGAACCUGUUAUUCAUGAAAAAAAAUAAUAUGACGUGGGAAGAAUUUGCCUCUCGAGUUCGAACGUUCCAGGUAGGCUUUAUGGGGGAGCCAAAUGAGUUGAGACCGGGCAGGGGUGAGUUUCACGAGAAUCCGUCAUCUUGCAUAUGUCAAAACUCAUCAGAGUCGAAGGUAAGCGCUAGGGGAAUUUCCCAUCCCCUAAACCAAACACGGGAUAACCACGAAGGCGAUAAGAUAGAAAACAGGGCAGAAGAGCAGUUUCCCGAGGAAGAGCAGGAGUGGACUGAGGCAGAUUAUUUGGACAGUAGAAAACAAAAUCAACUCAAAGAAACUAAAACUGAUUCGCUCUCUCUUCUAAUGAGAACGGACCAGGCUGAAGUGCAAGAAUUCUUCUCUGAUUAGGUGGAGAUGUUCCAAUUCACAAUUAAAUGCCAUCUAACUCAGAUAUCUAGCAACUGCUGCAACUGUUCCUUGGUUUUUUCAGUUGAUGGUGGUCUGCUUCGUCCACGGAUAACAUCAAACAUCUUUUCAUAGACCGUGUUGAAAAUUAAGCCUUUGUACAUAGAAUAUUCAGGUUUUGAUUGGGAGCUGUUCAAAUUGUCCAUGUAGCAAGGGUAUUUGUA